GGAGGUGGGGCCGCGCUUGGCUCGGCGAGGCCCGUGCAUUCCAGAAAGCCCAGCGAGCUAGAGCAACAAAGGAGUUGGGGAGUCGGUGGGCAGAAGUCGGGGGGCUGCGGCGAGCUCGCGCGAAGGUGGCGGCUAGGCCGCCGGCUGGCGCCGUGGCGGAGCGGGGGACCUAGUCCCACACCCCUGGCCCGCGCCUGGCUUCCAUCGCGGGCCUGGGAGGUGGUCUGAUGGUGGGAGAAGGAAUGGGGCUGGAGAUUGGGGGCCCAGGGGGCUCCCGGGGCUGAAGACCACUUGGAUCGCCAGGGAAAGGGGCAGAGAGUUGUGCAUCCCGGCCGGGGCCUCCGCCGCCCAGCAUGGGCUCCGGGUUCCAAAGUUUGCGAAGUUGGGCGCAGAGGGCCCGCGGCGCGCGGCGCGUCCGGGGGGACCCUGCACCCGACUCGCGGGGCGCACAGGUCGCCUGAGCCGCCUCCGCGGCCCCAAGAGUUGCGCGUGUGGCCUGGGGGCUCCGGGAGCGGCCGGGGGCGCCGGGGCUUCUCCUGAGCUGGCGGCUUUGGCCAUGGCCGCUUCCCGCCUUGCACGGGGGCUGGCGCUCCUGCUCCUGGGGCUGCUGCUGGUGCUGGGGGGCCCGGGCCGGGGGGCGGCCUUGAGCGGGAACGUGACCGGGCCUGGGCCGCGAAGCGUAGGAGGGAGCGCCAGAAGGAGCGCGGCGAGGACCGGCCCUCCGCCGCUGCUGAGCCAUUGCGGCCGGGCCGCCCCCUGCGAGCCGCUGCUCUACAACGUGUGCCUGGGCUCGGCGCUGCCCUACGGGGCCACCUCCACGCUGCUGGCCGGGGACUCGGACUCCCAGGAGGAAGCGCACGGCAAGCUCGUGCUCUGGUCGGGCCUCCGGAACGCCCCCCGCUGCUGGGCAGUGAUCCAGCCCCUGCUGUGUGCCGUGUACAUGCCCAAAUGCGAGAAUGACCGUGUCGAGCUGCCCAGCCGCACCCUUUGCCAGGCAACCCGCGGCCCCUGUGCCAUCGUGGAGAGGGAGCGCGGCUGGCCUGACUUCCUGCGCUGCACCCCUGACCACUUCCCUGAAGGCUGCCCAAAUGAGGUGCAGAACAUCAAAUUCAACAGUUCGGGCCAGUGUGAGGCUCCCUUGGUUCGGACCGACAACCCCAAGAGCUGGUACGAGGAUGUGGAGGGCUGUGGCAUCCAGUGCCAGAACCCGCUCUUCACUGAGGCCGAGCACCAGGACAUGCACAGCUACAUUGCAGCUUUCGGGGCUGUCACGGGCCUCUGCACGCUCUUCACUCUGGCCACAUUUGUGGCUGACUGGCGGAAUUCGAAUCGCUACCCUGCUGUUAUUCUCUUCUAUGUCAACGCGUGUUUCUUUGUGGGCAGCAUUGGCUGGCUGGCCCAGUUCAUGGACGGUGCCCGCCGGGAGAUUGUCUGCCGUGCAGAUGGCACCAUGAGGCUUGGGGAGCCCACCUCCAACGAGACCCUGUCCUGUGUCAUCAUCUUUGUCAUCGUGUACUAUGCCCUGAUGGCUGGUGUCGUCUGGUUUGUGGUCCUCACCUAUGCCUGGCACACCUCCUUCAAAGCCUUGGGUACCACCUAUCAGCCUCUGUCUGGCAAGACCUCCUACUUUCACCUACUCACUUGGUCUCUCCCCUUUGUCCUCACUGUGGCAAUCCUUGCUGUGGCCCAGGUGGAUGGGGACUCCGUGAGCGGCAUCUGUUUUGUGGGCUACAAGAACUACCGAUACCGCGCUGGCUUUGUGCUGGCCCCAAUUGGCCUGGUGCUUGUGGUGGGAGGUUACUUCCUCAUCCGAGGAGUCAUGACUCUGUUCUCCAUCAAGAGCAACCACCCUGGGCUGCUGAGUGAGAAGGCUGCCAGCAAGAUCAAUGAGACCAUGCUACGCCUUGGCAUUUUUGGCUUCCUGGCCUUUGGCUUUGUGCUCAUCACCUUCAGCUGCCACUUCUACGACUUCUUCAACCAGGCUGAGUGGGAGCGCAGCUUUCGGGACUAUGUGCUAUGCCAAGCCAAUGUGACCAUCGGGCUGCCCACCAAGAAGCCCAUCCCUGACUGUGAGAUCAAGAAUCGCCCUAGCCUCCUGGUGGAGAAGAUCAACCUGUUUGCCAUGUUUGGAACCGGCAUUGCCAUGAGCACCUGGGUCUGGACUAAGGCCACACUGCUCAUCUGGAGGCGUACCUGGUGCAGGUUGACAGGGCAGAGUGAUGAUGAACCCAAGCGCAUCAAGAAGAGCAAGAUGAUCGCCAAGGCCUUCUCCAAGCGGCGCGAGCUGCUGCAGAACCCUGGCCAGGAGCUGUCCUUCAGCAUGCACACCGUCUCCCACGAUGGGCCUGUGGUGCCUCUGCACCCCUGGCUGCCUCUCCCCUCUCUGUAUCUGCCAGUGGCUCUGCUUACUGGUGCCUUGGUUCCAAAAGAACUCAUCUCCCUCUCCUGUCUUCUCCACUUGCUCUCCCUGAGCCACAUCAAGUCAGGACUACAGGAACUGGAUUUCUGGCCUCUACGGGUUUGGCCUUUGACCUCAAUGAGCCCUCGGCAGAUGUGUCCUCUGCCUGGGCCCAGCAUGUCACCAAGAUGGUGGCUCGGCGAGGAGCCAUACUGCCCCAGGAUGUGUCUGUCACCCCUGUGGCAACCCCAGUGCCCCCGGAGGAAAAAGCCAACGUGUGGCUGGUUGAGGCAGAGAUCUCCCCAGAACUGGACAAGCGCUCGGGCCGGAAGAAGAAACGGAGGAAGAGGAAGAAGGAGGUGUGCCCACUGGUACCACCCGCAGUGCUUCACCAUCCAGCCCCUGCCCCUGCCUCCAGUGCUGUUCCUCGAUUGCCUCAGCUGCCCCGGCAGAAGUGCCUGGUGGCUGCAAGUGCCUGGGGGGCUGGGGAAUCCUGCCGCCAGAGAGCAUGGACCCUGGUCUCCAACCCCUUCUGCCCAGAGCCCAGUUCUCUGCAGGAUCUGUUUCUGCCCAGUGCCCCAGACCCCACAGCCUGGGCUCAGGGCUGCCGGCAGGGGCUGGGGCCCAUUCAUUCCCGCACCAACCUGAUGGAGGCAGAGCUCAUGGAUGCUGACUCAGACUUCUGAGCCUGGAAAGCAGGACCUGGGACAGUAAAGAAGAACAAAUACCAUUCUGGGCUCCUUGUCCUCCCUGAGAGUGCUUCCCCAGGAUCUUGUCUUCCAGAGAACCUGAGGGCCCAGUACCCUCCUGGAAGGGUUCUACAUGUGUGGCUCAUGGCAGCAGGACUGUGGGAAAGAGCCCUGACGUGUCACCCAGGGAAGAGCCCUGGAGCUCAGUGUCUUUGUUUCUGCUGCACUAGCUGGAGGCUGGCUGGCAGUGUCAGUCUGCAGCAGGAUCCUGGUGUAUGCGGAACUUGUGGUGGGGUGGUAAUGAGAGGCAGUGGAGACAGUGCCUGGAGUGAGCUGUGGUGGCCAGGGAGGCAGCCCAGCCCAUGUCUGGCAGAUGAGGGCUAGCUGCCCUUUUCUGUGCCUGUGGGUGCCCUUUCCAGGCAGUCUCAGACCCAAAGCAUUUGUUGUGUCAUUAGUGCGUUGUCUAGGUGGGGAUGGGACUCCCUUCUCCCUCUUCUUUCAGUUGUGGGGCUGGAAGUGCUUAUCCCCAGUGGGGUUAUAACCUCUGUUUACAGGUGUCCAGCUGGCCCUACCCGAGCCCAAUAACCCAUCCUGUGUACUUCUGCACCCUCCUUCCCCUUUCCUAUUUCAAUUUAACCAGGCCAACCUCUUCCUGUUUCUUCUUUGUCGGUUAGAACCCAGAACUGCAACAUUCUCCAUUCCACCCCAUCUCCCACCCCUUGUUGCUGCUGGCCUCCAUCUCCAGGUGAGAUUGGUUCGGCUUUAGAGCCUGGUGUAGAAGCGGAGUGAUGGGAAGCCUCUGAGAGACACGUUAUCUCUUUAUAGUACCCAUCCUGUGGUGGGUGGAGCCUCUGACUUGAGGGGCUACCCUGGGAAGCAGCUGGAGCUUCUGCCAGGCAGGAAAGCUUCCUUCAACUUCCACAACGGAUGAGUGAGAAGAUUUCCACCUCUCAUAACCCCCAACCAUCCCCAGGGCCCUAAUUUUCAAGAACCAGACAUCAGGAGGCUUAAGAGUUGGCUGGGUUCCAGAUUGGGGAAUAGGGAUGGGGAGAAGAAAUAUAAAUGGUAAAUAAAAGGUUUUUGUAUAAAUUCUUGGUGUGCUGCU